AUGACCUCCAGAGCAAAAAAGCGUAUUGUUCUUCCUUCUCGACCAGAACCACCUACCGUAGAGCAGAUUCUGGAAGAUGUUCAGGGUGCUGUAGCAUCUGACCCUGUAUUUGUUUGUGAUCUCAGCGAAGAGACCUUUAUUCCAACUUAUGAUGCAUCUAGUGAAGCAAACAAGCAGUACUUACAGAGUUGUUCAUAUGUGCAAUUAAACAACAAGCUGAAGGAAGCCCAGGACGAACUGAAGGAAAGAUGUGAGGCUUUGAGAUCUUCUGGGUUGAAGCUUGAAAGUGUUAUUGAAGAGCUAAGAGAAGCGGCCAUGUGA